AUGACGAUGAUGUCAACUCCCCCUAUUAUUGAUAUUCGACAAUCAAAGUUCGAGAGCUCAAUUCCCGAUCAAGUCGUCAAAGGUCUUAAAGAAAAGGUGAAAACCCUCCCGGCUCUUCUUUUCUACAGCACAGAUGGCAUCCAGCACUGGAACCACCACUCCCAUGCUGCCGACUUUUACCCCCGGCACGAAGAAUUACGUAUUCUGAAGGCCGAGGCUUCGAAGAUGGCAGCUUCUAUAGCCGAGAACAGUCUUGUCGUAGACAUGGGCAGCGCGAGUCUGGACAAGGUUAUCCUUCUGCUUGACGCGUUUGAAGAGCGGAAGAAAUCGAUCACAUACUACGCUCUCGAUCUCAGCUACUCUGAGUUGGCCUCGAAUCUUCAGGCCAUCCCCAUGGACCGCUUCCACCACGUGCGGUUUGCUGCCCUCCACGGCACAUUCGACGAUGGUCUGCAUUGGUUGCAGAACACACCUGAAAUCCAUCACCUUCCUCGUUGCAUUCUUAUAUUUGGACUGACUAUUGGCAACUUCUCACGCGAAAAUGCAGCUGGCUUCCUGCGAAAUAUCGCACAGUCAGCCCUCACCACGUCACCCACGCAAAGUUCUAUCAUUGUAAGUCUCGACAGCUGCAAAUUGCCGACCAAAAUAUUACGCGCGUACACUGCGGACGGAGUAGUUCCCUUCGCCCUCGCGUCGCUAGGAUAUGCCAACUCCUUGUUUCAUCCCAAGGGCAACGGUAAGAUUUUUAACGAGGAAGACUGGUACUUUCAUAGCGAAUGGAACUAUGCUCUGGGGAGGCAUGAGGCUUCGCUGAUCACCCGAUCCAAGGAUGUUCGGCUGGGGGCUCCUCUGGAGACAGUCAUCGUGCGCAGAGAUGAGAAAAUACGCUUUGGGUGCAGUUAUAAAUACGACAGAGACGAACGGGACCAGCUUUUUCGCUCCGCCUCUCUGCAGGAUGUUGCUGUGUGGACGGCCGCGGCUUGCGAUGUGGCAUUCUACCAGUUGAGAUUGCUUCCAAACUGA